AUGAAUAAUUUUAGUCUGCAUUGUACGUUGAGAAUGCUCUUGUCUACAUCAAGUUGGAUAACAUCCACUGCAUCUUCAGCCACCAUGGUUAUCGUGUCGGUGGACCGCCUUCUUGUUUUAACACUUCAUCUACGAUACAACAGUUUUGUCACGGUUCCACGUGUUUUUCAAACCGUUCUGGGUGUCUGGAUCUGUUCUAUAACCUUUGCAUUAUUGAGAUUCCCUUUAAGAAAUAGAUGGUAUUUUAUUUUUAUAGCAACCUUUCUUCUUGGUUUUCUUGUUUUGUCGAUCAGCACCUACAAAAUAUUUCACAUCGCCCGACGGCACCAACGUCAGAUAAGAGAUCAAAACAUGGCCUUCAGCCCAGUUGAACUAAACAGAGUGAAUGUCUUCAAAUGUAGAAGAUCUGCCGUGACGGUAAUUUAUGUUUACGGUCUUUCGAUGAUACUCCAUAUACCUCAUUUUGUAACAAUAAUUGUCGCAACUGUUAAUGGCUACUCGACAACAAUACAGAUUGCUUACACGUAUGUAUCUACUGUUAUUUACAUCAACUCUUUUUUGAAUCCAUUUGUGCACUGCUGGAGAAAUAGGGGAAUCAGAAGGGCUGUGAAGACUAUCGUAAAAAGGGAAUCAUAUGAUUAAGAAGUAUCCCCAGGAGCACCCAACGACGUUUUUGCGUGAAAUAACUGUGGGAAGGAGGAAAUAUUACUUAGAAAAAUCUGAAGAACGGUGACCGGACGUUUCGCCUAUGAUACGUUUCGCAAACGUCCCUUUCGCUAAACGCCUUAUAUAUGUCGUUCCGUUAAGAAGCGAAUCGAGCGCUGUGCAUGUAUAUGCUUCGUUCUCUCAGCCAUGAUACAAAAAGCAACGUUCGUCGAAUUUUCGACCGGACCCAUAAAGGUCGCAAACGUUUUCUGAUGAGAAGAAAAAUAUGCACCUAGACUUUCGAGACGACGAAAGUUCACGUAAGACGUCCAAACAUAAAUAAGUUUUACGGCAGCUUCAAAUAUACCAAACAGGCCUCUAAAUCAUAGAGAAAACCAUUCGAGACACUUCCGAUAUAUUUUCUUCGGAAACAAAAAAGUUUUAGAUGACUCCUUAGAUGCAUGGCUUUUUCGUCUCAUCCGAAACUGUUAGCUACCCUGACGAGUCGUGUCGAAAGUUCUAGGACAUGGAGUAGCUGUACUUUCUAGUCUAGGGGACGUUUUUUCUUUAAAUAUAU